CGCGUUAUAUCAGAAUUCGUGUUAUAUCAGGUCACGUUAUAUCGGAGUAGAGGUGUAGCUAUUAUCCCUCAUGCUCAAAGUUCAUUCCAAACACUGAGCACAGGUAUUGGAAACAGCUUUCACAGCUAUGGAUUUUGACAGGAAGGAAUCAGAACAUUGUUGACCUGAAACUGGCCUCUCAGCCUGUUCUGAACUACCUGCAGAUUUAUGCUUUAUAGAGAGAAGUUGUUGUGGUUGGUUUGGGGUUUUAUUUGUGGGAAAGGGAGUUGUGUUGGUUUGGUUUGGUUGUUUGCUCAGUCUUCUCAAUUACUGCAGUGGUUUCCAGAGGGAAAAUCCAAUCCUGUUGAGCAGCAGAACACAAACAACCGAGUUGUGAUGUGCACCCAGCAGAACACUGGAUGUUCUGGGCAGAAGGAAAACUGGAUGUUUUGAGCUGAUCUAGUGAAAAUGGGACAUAAAUAAAUAAUUUCACAUCUGAAGCUUUUCGCAAAUGGAGGAAUUUUGAAUGGGAGCCAUUAACAUCUAGAAGUGGCAGCCUUUUUCUCUGUGUAUCCUGGGGCAGGGGGAGGGGGGAAUGAAUUUCACAAACUGCACAACAGAAGCCAACGUGGCUGUCAAACCCAAAACAGUCACCGAAAAGAUGCUUAUUACCCUGACCUUGGCCAUAAUCACAAUUUUGACUAUGCUGCUGAACUCUGCCGUAAUUACAGCAAUUGGCACCACCAAGAAACUACACCAGCCUGCAAAUUACUUAAUAUGUUCACUAGCUGUGACAGAUCUGCUUGUUGCUCUUUUAGUCAUGCCCUUGAGUAUUACAUACAUAGUGAUGGAUACGUGGACACUGGGAUAUUUCAUCUGUGAGAUAUGGCUUAGCGUUGACAUGACCUGUUGCACGUGUUCAAUUCUUCAUCUUUGCGUCAUUGCACUAGAUAGAUACUGGGCGAUCACAGAUGCUAUUGAAUACGCCAGGAAAAGAACGGCAAAAAGGGCCGGGCUUAUGAUAGUCACUGUAUGGACUAUAUCCAUUUUCAUUUCAAUGCCACCUUUGUUUUGGAGAAACCAUCACAGCGUCACAAUUCCCAGUGAGUGUCGCAUUCAACAUGAUCACGUGAUCUACACUAUUUACUCCACUUUUGGGGCAUUUUAUAUCCCCUUGACGCUAAUACUGAUCCUCUAUUACAGAAUUUACCACGCUGCAAAAAGCCUAUACCAAAAACGGGGGUCAAGCCGCCACCUAAGCAACAGGAGCACCGACAGCCAAAAUUCUUUUGCCAGUUGUAAGCUCACGCAGACGUUCUGCGUGUCAGACUUCUCGACAUCUGACCCAACCACGGAAUUUGAUAAAAUACACGCGUCAGUGAGACUUCCUCCUAUUGAUAACGACCUGGAGUUGGCUGGUGACCGUCAGCAGAUUUCCAGUACACGGGAACGAAAGGCUGCUCGCAUCCUGGGACUGAUCUUAGGGGCUUUCAUCUUGUCGUGGUUGCCAUUUUUCAUUAAGGAGCUUAUUGUGGGCCUGAGCGUUCGCACGGUGUCUGCAGAAGUAGCUGACUUUUUGACAUGGCUUGGCUAUGUCAACUCCCUUAUCAACCCUCUGCUGUACACUAGUUUUAAUGAAGAUUUUAAGCUGGCCUUUAAAAAGCUUAUUCGGUGCUGGGAAAAUUCUUAAAAGCACCUAAAGGUAGAUAUGACGUGACGCCCUGGCCUUAAGAAUGAGUAAAAUGCGCUGAAUUUGGUAACGUUUUGCUUGGUAAAGGGGAUUUUUGUGUUUGUCUUUAUGCUUGACUGCUCUUUGGCCUGUAACUUGUUUUGCUGUUUUCUACCUCUCGUGUUAUUAUGGUACAUAGUUUCAAAUAAAUUUUA